UGAGAAGCCAACAAUAUUGCAAGCAGACUCAGUUUUCUGUGCGCUCUAAUUUGAUCUUCUCUAACCUCUUCUCUAUGAAGAUGUGUUCAAGAAAAAGGGUAUGUGUUAUUGGCGGAGGAGCAGCAGGAUUAUGUGCUUUAAGACAUUUGGCAUCAGAUUUGCACAAUUUUGAACCAGAAGCUUUUGAACAAUCAGGAGAUAUUGGUGGAACUUGGGUUUACACUGAAAAAACUGGAUUUGACGAAAAUGGUUUACCAAUUCACACGAGCAUGUAUCGAGAUUUAAGAUCAAAUGCUCCCUGUGAAUUAAUGAAUUUUCCAGAUUUUCGCCAAAUGAAAUCUGAGAAAGGUAGUGGCGUUCACCGAAAGGUGCUUUUAUCAUAUUUACACGAUUAUGCUAAUCAUUUCCAGGUUCUACAAUUUAUAAAGUUUUAUACAAAAGUGGAAAGUGUUCGACCAGAGAUUAUAAAAACUGAUGAAGAAAAUCUUACUAUAUGGUACGUGAAAAUAAAGGACGUAAAGACAAAACAAAUCGAGGAUAAAAUAUUUGAUGCUGUUAUGGUUUGUUCAGGGAAUUAUUCUCAACCAAAUAUUCCUAAAAUACCCGGAAUAGAAACCUUUCCUGGAAGAAUUUUACACAGUCACUCCUACAGAAUACCAGAAGAGUUUUCUGGAAAAUCAGUAAUGAUCCUUGGAUCUGCUUUCUCUGCCACAGAUAUUGCUGUUGAAUUAGCUCCACACGCAGAUAUUAUUUAUUUGAGCAACAGAAAUGAAAGAAUAACGAGCCUUCUUCCCCCUUCCGUAAUUCAAGUUCCUGGAAUCAAAAAAGUGGAAGGAAAUAUAAUUUUUUUUACCGAUGGAAGCUCAAUAUCUGUUGAAGCUUUUAUGUAUUGUACGGGAUAUUCAAUUCAGUUUCCAUUUUUAGAUAAAACCUGUGGAAUAUCUGUUGAUGAUAAUUAUGUUUUUCCAAUUUAUAAACAUACUAUAAAUAUUAAUCAUCCAACCAUGUGUUUUUUGGGCAUUAAUAGUUAUGUCAUAACAUUUCCUAUGUUUCAUGUGAAGGCACGAUAUUAUAUGGCUUUUCUCAAGAAGCAGUUUAGUUUACCAUCGAAGGAAAUAAUGCUGGAAGAUUCGAAAUUAAAAGUAUCAAAAAAGAGACACGCACACAGAAAAGCUUUGGAUGUUUGGACAAUUAUUCGAGAGAGCGAUUUGUGGCACUACAAGGAUUAUAAAAUUAUUUUAUCUGAGGACGAUAAAGAUGCUCAAAUAAUUUAUGAUCCAUGAAUUCUGAUAACAUAUUGAUUAAAAUUUCAUACAAUAAAAGGAAUUUUUAGAAACACAUAUAACUUUCACUUAGCUGUUUGUAAAAUGCUAAUAACCAUCCAGUUCAGAGACCGUAUAUCAGAAUUCAAUACAGCAAUAUUAUAUCUUUCUAUAUAAUGUUUAUCUUGCCAUAAGCGAUGAGGUUUUAUCAACAUUCGCAAGAAUGGAGGCAGUCCUUAUCAUUUAAUUCCACUGAUUGAUUGUGUAGUUAUGUGUUAAAAAUGUUUGGAAAUAAGUUGUUAUCUUGAAGUACUAAGAACUAGAAUUAUAUAGCGAAAAUAUUAAGUAAUUGUGAACGCCAUUGCAACGGAUUAUGUUGGCUGCCUAAGAUUUGCAUAGUUUUAUCACCCUGGAUGUGACCAACUGGCGAAACCUCUCACAGACUGUAGCUAAAGCAAGUGCUGUCAGACCAGCAUCAGACCAUCGUCGCCCAAUCCGAGUACUUCCAAAUAAAUUCGCAAGAAUGAUUUAGGUCUUAUGAUCACCAAUAUAAGAGAUAUAAUGCAGACUGAUUGGAGCACAGUUACAGU